AUUGUUACAAUCACUGCUGAAGACAGAAAGCAGCAGCGAACUCUCAGCUGCUCGCAGUCCUGCUCAGUCCUGCGCUGGCAACGCUGAACUGACGGCUGCAACUGCAUAAAACUUACUUUUGUGACUUUUUUUUUCUGCCUUCGCCCUUUAUUGAAGAUGACCUAACAUCGAAAGAGAGCCUCUGCCGGCCAGGUACACUUGUCUUCAUACAUAGUGGUUGUAAUUGUGUUUAGGCGUCACGUUUCUUAUUUGGCUGCUGUGAAGUUUACUUUGUCUGCUGCUGCUCGUGCUGCUGGGUUUCCUCGGUGACUGAAAUCUAAUGUAACAACAAAUUCAGCUUACUUUUCUUCUUAUUUAAGUUAGUUAAACUGCUACUAAAGUACAAGGCUCCAUUGUCUUUAUUUUUAAUCAGUUUGGUAAAAUAAAAGUGCAUCUUGUUAGGUAAUUGUAGGUCUUCUUAUUGUCUCCAGUUUAGUUUGGCUAUUUACACAUUUUGGACCAAAUCAGCUGAUGCAGAAAAUCGUGCUGUGUUAAAAGGUUACUGCUAAAUAGCCUGCUUUAAAGGGGGGUCCUCACAUGAACAAAGCUCUUUGAGGCAGAAAAUCCCCCUUGCAUACAUCAACCCUCAGUAAUAAACGAAGCUCAGGCUGUCUGGCACAGUACCUGUAGGUGAUAUAAGGCUGUGUGGUUACUGUGCACUUCAUGUUGACACACAUCUGCUCACCACAGCAUUGAGAGAAGUAUGGGUGCUUUGAGUCAUGAGGCCUGGUUGCAUACCCCCCCCCCCCCCCCACACACACACACACACACAGACACAUACUGGUCUGUAUGGUGAUAUGUGUAAUACCAAUAACAGCGUUUUAUGAAACCACUGCAUCAGAAAUGUAGUUAUUUUUAAGUUGUAGAAAAGUAUAACAUUAGUUUUCAAGUUGCAUCUGUGCAGCCCGGUCAAAAUGUAGGUUACACUUUGUUUUGCUUUUGUUAUGACUACAUGCAAUAUUUGCUGAAUUUAUGCUAUAACACGGUUGUGAAACUGAAACUGAGCUCAAUGAGGGCCAUAUCAUGAGAACUGAUAAGAUAAGAUCACCAUAAAAACUUCUACUGUAAAACGAAGAGAAGGAUAAAGGCAGUUGUGAUGUUCAUAGUAUCCCUUGAGUGUAUUGUGGCUUUGUGUCUUAACCAUAGGACAGGGUUCACAGUCAUUUUGUAGCUACUUUAUUGCCUCCUUAGCUGAAAAUGAAAUGCAAUCAGCCUUCUGAGUAUGGGGAACAGUGGCAGCAAAAGCACUGAACUGCUUAUUUGUCAGUGUUAUUUCCUUUCUGUGUGUGUUAGGAAGUAACUGUCGGUGCUUAUGUUAUGCCCUCUCUAAUAUUGCAUGACAGUUGGUUUAUCUUUGUGGACACAAUAAACAUAGUGCCAUGAGGAACCAGUUUGGUACCAGGGCUCCCUAAUUGAGAAUACCUGGAAAUGUUUUAUGCUGCCACCAUAGUGGCGGUUGUCCUUGACUUGGCUGGUUUAAACAGGAAAUGUUUUCUCAAGAGGAAUCCUGCUCAGAAAAGUACGCAUGCGAGUUGAAGGUGAAGGUAGCAGAAGUUCAGGUUGAAGAUCUGGGUAAAGAUUUAAUUAUAUGUCUGCUCUAUUGUCUAAUUACAAAGGAUGUUGAUAAGUGUGUCUCCAAAAGUACAGGUUAGACUCAGAGAAAGCAUGUUCUUUGUAUUUCUGAUCUGCCUUCCAGUUCGUGGGAGAUUAUAAUGAUUACACCUUGCUUUGAUUUCCACAAUAAACCAGAGCAGGAAUGUUAGCAAGGACAAGCCUCUUUUUUUCAUCUUUGUGAGCCAGCAAGUGUAUUAUUUGAUUUUAUUGUUCAAGAGCUUUUCUGAAAAGGUCUGACACACAAAAAAGUUGUUUUAUGUCAAGCCUUAAUUCAUUAAAACUUCAAAUAAAUAUCCCAGAAGUACUUUAGACUGUCAUAUCACAAGACUAGGAGCUAAAUAGGAUUCAGACAUUGAAGUUCAUCUGCAGUGAGUUAAAAUUGUGUUUAGAAGAUCUUUGGUCUUGAAAGCGGUUUGCUCAGCCCAUUAUCAGACGAAAGGGGAAGAAGAAAGUUGCACGUUCUCAUCACAGUUUCUAGAUAUCACUUUUGGCUCUGAUCAUUACUGUAAAUGAAACACAACUUGCUUCACUGUAACUGCACUCGACAGUAACUUUGGCUUUGUAGGUCCGUAGGCCUGUCUUGCAUGCUUGACAGAUAUAAUUUAUGGACGCAAUUAAGGCCGGUGGGCUUUUAAAGGGGAUCACUCUCCACUCCAGUGUGUGCUCAAGACGCACACAUUUGCAGCGUCUUUGUGUUGCAGGCAAAAGGCCCUAUUAGAGCCCCAUUCUGUCAGAGGGCAGCUGUGUGCCUGUGUGCUGAGCAAGCCACUGGUCCUUUCUCCCUCUGUGUGUACAACUCUCUCUCAGUGCACACACAGACACACACUCGGCCACUUUCUACCCUCUGUCAGCUCCUUUCUUUUUCCUGCAUUUUUCUAUCACGUUUCUGCCUGUUUUCACUGUGAUUUGUAUUCCUUUUUUACUAAUGUGAUGGCCCAUUUUCUUCUUGUUGUUCUCUGGCCCUGUGGCAUCAUGCAAAACUACCAGAAAAGGAUAGUUAGCCAUGCUUGUCUGUGCCUCCAUGCUACUCUAUUCAACUCAGAAGCUUCCCUUUCUUCUCCCUGACCUGCAGUCAUAACUGUGGCUGCAUUAGAGACACAGAAACUCAUUCCACCUAGCUUCAAGAGGCUCAAAACAAAGUUCUUUUAUAUUUUCAGUAUAUUUGUGUGAAUGCCUUUAUUUCUUUUAUGUAUAUUCUGUCCUCAUUAACAAGAUAGAUUUGUAAGUCUGGCGUCUCGACGCCCACAGAGCCAAAGACCUGCAGCUGAAAAGAAAAGAAAAGAGGCAUUCUCACAUACACCAGAGAAGCACUCCCCCAACCCCCCAGGACAGCCACCAGACUCCGCUUAGAGAUGAAAAGCAUUCUGGGUAAUAGUAAAUGCUCCCAUCAACUUGACCCACGAGGUUAUUUCUAGAUUAUGAGAAUUAAGAAUUAAAAGUUUAGAAAUGCUGUUUGUUACUUUUGACUCUCAAAACAUGACUUUACAUCCUGAAGUAAGAGACUAUAUGCAUCUUCAGUGUCUGAUAGUAUCAAAGUUGUGUGUGUGUUUUGUGUGUGUGUGUGUGUAUGCUACAAACCUAUAGUCUGGAUGAGCUAAUGUUUUGUCUGCUGUUGCCUCGUGUCAUCACAACACUGCUUUCAUGAGUGACAAAGGUUGGCAUUGUUCUGUUUAUUUCCCUCAUCGGCUGUGGAUUGGCUUCUCCUCUGAGUGUCAACCAUCACAUGUCUCUUGUCGGAUUCCUUCAGCACGGUGAAAGCUUUUCUGUAGAUCUUGCCUGCUAAAACAGUCUCCUAUUUGCAUCCCUUAAAAAAAGAGAAAUGAAAGCUUUUGUUAGUGUUUGGCACAGACUAGCGGGUUUCAUGUAUUUUUAGAAGCUGUUUUCCACAGCUGUUACAAAACCUAACCACCCGAUCAGUCUCUACAGCUAUCUCCAAUAGCUUAUCCUCAUACGAGCCUGAUUUGCUGCAUCCUAGAGAAGUGGCUUGUUGUGCAAGCCCAGGCUUGAGAACAGAGCCACAGCAGCACCCUGACAAUCCUGCUCGUACAAAGGAGGCCAAUUAUCGAGGUGACAUGUGUCAUAAUUCCUGGCUGUUGGCCUCCACUGUAUGUUUGAGUAGUUGGUUGUCAGUAGUCGGGUUGGAGUUUGUCAGCGUGUUUUACAUACACCUGCAGGUAAUUCCAGUCAGCAGCACGAGACUGAACUUCAACAGGCAGCUUACUGGCAACUGAUUCACCACAGGAAUAAAGGAAGUAGGUUAGAGCAGGAGAUCAGGUCUAAAUAUGACUCUGGGAAAGUUGAAAAAUGGUUAUGAAAAAGUUUUUAACUAGUUUAUGGAAUCACAUCACUGAGCUGAAGAGGUCUUCAAAUAGCCAUGAUUUGAUUUGCUGCUUUUUAAACAGUAAUUGAGUAAAAUCACAUAUGACAAUUUUUUUUUUCAAUUAGAAGAAAACAUUCCCACCAUAAAACUGGACUUCUUGUUCGACGACUUUGCAUGAUAAGUUCAAUAAAACCAGUUUAUUAGUUCAUGUCAGUGAUAAUCUUAGUUAGAUGGCUUGCAUCCUUCCUGAUCCCCCUUUUCUCAUGUUAGGCAGUAUCAAAGACCAAUACUGAUAUUGAGACUGGUAUCGAAAAUGCCCAGCAGCAGUUGUAGUCACUUCUGACGUCUGGCACGGACCUGCUGUUGUUGUUGAUGGUUGUAUGGGGUUGGAAACAGCGCUGCUGAAAAGACCCAUAUCGCCCCCUGGUUUUGGGGAGGAGGACACGUUCACAUCAGUAAUUCAAUUAUCUCAGCUGCAUGUAUAUGCGGACAUGGAGAGGAUUCGGCAAAAAACGAAUUAUGAGUUUAGUCCGAUUAAGCUGUGCAUGUAAACGCACAGAGUGAUGUUUCAGCGAACACACCUUGAGUUAGUUUUUGCAUCUUGAAUGCAUGAAUCUUGUUAAACCCCCUUUCAGCACAUUAUGCUGAGCAGUCAGAGGGCCCAUAUGGGGACCUGAGCCCCCUCAUGAAUGAAUGAAUGAAUGAAUGGAUGGACUGAUGGAAUGCUGCUCAUAGUUUUCACUUUCCCACUGAUACAUACUCUCAUCUUACUUUAUACACCCCCACAGAAGAACUGUUGCAUUACGUAACUGCAGACAUAUCGCCUUUAUUAGCUGAUUGGUUGUGACACUCGGUAUAACAUCAUUUGCUUACACAGUAUAGGAGUGGUCCUCUUAUAGAGACCAGCAAUUGCAGAGGAUUGCUAGCAGCGCUGGAGGCUUCCAUGUAAUGUAUCCCUGAUGGAUUAAGGUUCUGGUUAGUGUGCACACAACAGAACAGGCACUCAUGGAUAAUGGAAGAAACCACAGACGGAAAGGCAAGGAUUGACGGGGGGGUGUAGUGUAAUUAGUGGGGUACCUGAUGUAUAGAGAGCCCAGGCAUGCAAGGGUCACUCCAGGGGGCAAGGGGCCCCAUACCUUUCUCUACUCAAACUGAAACACCUGAUCCUACGCCUGUCAAGCCUCUUAGGGCUUCAGUUAACUAAGUCCUGCUCUAGGACAAGGGAGUUGACCCCAAAUAAAUUUCAGGCUGCCUAUAAGCAGAGAAGCUGUGCGGCGUUUGCAGGUCGCAUGUCACCAUGCUGCUGCUGCUGCAGCUUUAUACACCGGCCUUGUUCAAUAGUCCAGGUUCCAACAAACACAGGCACUGAUAAAGAAAUGAUGAGCCGUCCAGUUAUUGCUCUUUACCGGCUGGUUGAUGUCCGCCUCUUUGACAUCAGCAGUUGUCACUGUUAUCCUCUGUUUUGAGUUUGGUUGCCAUGGCUACCUCCGGAAUUCCCAGGAACAAUGUACAACUCAGAAACUGCUUUUUGAAGUAUGAAGGAAACUUGAAGUACCACUAGAUUGAACAAAUACUGACUUCAUAGUUGUACUUUACAUGCCCUACUGUAUGUAAGUGGGCUGUGGUGCAAAUGCAAUGACAACAUUAUGAGUUGGGCCAAAAUCAGAGUUUGUGGAGAUGAGCCAAGUUAACUUUCUUUAAAUGCAGUUCACUUUUAUUUAUGAAUGCCAGUGUUAAAUUAAAGUGAGUUAUGGAUGUCGUGUAGUUGUGUAGCUGGUGGAUUUCUCUGUUGUGUUGUCAGGGAGGAAAGAUGCCACCAGUGCUGGGAUCUUUUUAUAACUGCCCGCUGUUUAUAUUCUGAUAAACACAUUGUGAAACCUUACCUCUAAAUCUCAUGCCCCUUUCAGCCCCCACACAUAGAUAAAACAAAAUCUAAAUGACUCUGGCCUCGACUUCAAGCUAGCAGCUUCAGUUUGUUGAAAUCAAUAUAUUUGCAGGUUUGGACUGACAUUUAUUGAGUUUUGAGGGGGGAAAGAAGAUAAAAGAGUUACAAAAACAAAUUAGGAUUAUAAAUGAGUGAAAAUAAAAGACCUCCAUCUCUAGGGUGUCAAAAAAAUGCUAUCAAAAUAAUUGUAAUGCUCAUGAAUGCAAAGGGAAUGAACACAGAGUACAGGCAGAAGGCUCUGACCCCAUGGGGCAUAAACGAACCUUAGGGGCAUUUUGCAUUUCUCAGUUAUCACUUAAAUAUCUGUAUUUGAUCAAUUACCACAGAACUGCUGUAUUGGGAUGGCCUUUAUUUGUUAUAGUACACAAUGUACUGGGAAUUUUGAGUUACCCUGUGAUUCUCACCCCUACACAUCACUAACAAAGGAGGGCUUUUCAAAAGAGAGGAGAGGAGGAGUCAAAAGAAACUUAUAGAACUGAGUUUCCUCCUCAUCUUUUAUGAUGAGGAGGAGAGGAAAUUGUUAAAUCUUGACCUUGAAAGUCCUCAAAGUCUGAUCAAAACUAUUAAAGUUAUACAGAAAUACAUUUGAGUACACAACCCCACUGCAGUAGAUUAUUGUGGGGUUUUUGAAGUAGCAGCUAUUGCCAUUUCAACACUGUGUCACAAUAAUGUUUGGAUAUCACUUUGUGUUUUCUCUCUUCAUGUAUUUUGUAAUGUGCCACUGUGUUCCACACCCACUUCACCAGCAGCAACAUGUGACCACAAGGGAAGCACAACUCUGUUGACUGCAAAGGGAAGUGUGCAUAUGUGUGUGUAUUUCCAUGCCAAGUAAGCAGUAAGAAGGAGGUUUUGAAUAACUGGACUAUCAGGUUAGUGCUCAAGAGUGGGCCAUUCUGAGGAAAUUCUUCGACUUAUGAUUUCUACUUUUGUUUCUUUUCAAAACUGUGGUCAUGGAUGAUUGUGCCUUUAUAAAAGUAACUAUUAAGCAUAGAGUCUCUUUCAAUUGCUCUGUAAGUUGAGGUUUAAGUGCUGGCUGUGAUUAUGCUGAGUUUGGUGGUUGCUGUUGUUAGAGAUACCUUCAUGGAAAUCUGCAGAAAGAAGCCAGACUCUGACACCGCAUAAAGUUUGACUUAAUGUGCUCCUCAUUGUUUAUGCACUUCUGAAGAUCUAGUGGUGUGAUUUGGCUUGUGUUGCUGUGCCAGUGGGUACUAGGGUGAUGGCCAAAGCAUUCAGUGGUAUGUCUUGACCUCCCUAGGACCAUUUUUACGACCUCGGCCGCCUUAUAUGUGAGAAAGGUGGCUGUCUAUUCACCCUGAAAUAACCACAGACUUUCACAAAAGAUUGCGUCUUACUUUUUCGUCACUUCAGACUCCAAAAAGCCCGAGUUAGCAAAACCUUUCUUUUUGCAGUUUUAUUUUUGUUUGCCAUGGCUGCAUUGACGUAGUGAAAGUUGCGUCAACACCCAACGUUUCUACCACGAAGUAUGCCUCAAUAGUGAAACUGUAAACUUCUUUUGCAAACAUUUCACCCUUUUCUAAUAAGAACCAGUUUUCUGCUGAAGCAGUCCAUACAGUGAUUGGUUUGUUUUGUCCUGACUAUUUUGUUCAUUUUGAAAAGAGUUGGUUUCCUUCAGCUGCAGCCACCGAUCAAAGUCCUGACACCAGACGCACUCCGCACAAGUAUGCAGUGACCAGAGCCAAUUGGUGAUGGACACCAAACACCCCGUCACAGAACUUUAGGGGGCCCCAAAUAGGCUUCUAUUCAUCUGCCUGUACAAAUCACAGCCUGGGCAAAGAGCCAUAUUAUCUUAGCUGCCCUUUCUAGUGCCCUCCUGAGUCACUGGCUAUUGUGAGCCAAGAGCUGCUGUCUGCACCCCGGCGUACACAAAUCUGACCAGAAUUACCAUUAGCUUUUAGUCCACAGUGGAGGUCUGAUUUAGUCAAAUGAACCUCAAAUGUUUUAUAGGCCCCAAAAAUUGUGGUUUCCAUUUUGUAAAGAUGCUUUCUUAGGGUUUUAUUGUGCACAGUAACAGGGACGAGAAUUCACCAACAUUUGCAAAGUCAGAUCUGCGUCUAAUAGACAUUUGCUUGAGGGGUGUAUUUUGCAAGUGAUGGGAAGAUGACAAAGUGCUGUCUGAUCACAACUGGUGAGGCUGCUUUCCUGAAAAUACUAAAUCACUUGAAAAUGAAGUAGAGGGUGAACUAGCUCAGCCAGGUUUAAUGUUACGGGUUGUUAGGGUUUCGAAACCAGUGUAAUGUCUAACAUUAGCUUUUCUAUCUGCUUUUGUUACUGUCUAAAAUGAGUUCAAAGGUUUAGUUAAGUAUCACUGUCAAUGGCCCAAAUACCCCAGUUAUGAGCAUCACCGGCACUGUGAUUAUAUUAUGUAAGGACACUUACUUCACACUACAUGAGAGUAAACCCCAUCAAGCUAGUGUCCGGAUGUUCAAGUCAACUAAUAAAGGCUUUUAAAACUGUAACAUCAGCCAGGAAUCCCUUUAAAACGUAAGAAUAUGAGUUGAUUAGUGCAUUCCGCGCACAAGUGCCCUACAGUCCUCUCUCCAUUAAGCUCUGGUUUCUCAAUCAAGAGGAGCCGCUUCAUUAAGUAAGCAUGGCUCCAGGUCUGAAUUCACACUCAGUCUGCCCUCUCCCAUGACCCUACUUGCCAGUCACUACACACUACUCCCCUCACACAUGAGCGCAGGUUAGCAUGAACAGACAUGCAUGUCCAGACACAUGCAUGCACACUCUUUUUUUUUUUCCCUCACUGUUCCAGAUGCUGUUUCAACCCUGAUGUAACACUUCAUCCACUAUGGAAACAACCCUCUACACAUUACUGUCAUAGUCAUCAACUCCUGCUGUCUAACAUCACACACACUCGCACAAACCCUGCUACAUCACUGCUUCCAUUACUCAGUGUCAGUCCUAAUCAGUCAAGUAAUCAGCAAAACUGAUCAAGAAGAACAUUCCCUUCUUGUCUGACUCUCACCACCAGCACCAGCCCCUCUCGCCUCCAGAGGCCCGGUUGUGCUCCACUGACUCUCCGGGAUAAAUGGAGAUAAUGGGAGUCAUAUGCUAGCAGUUGGUUUGGGGCAGGCCUACAUGAAACAUUCAUAGUCCACAUGUAGUCGUGAGGCUUUGGGAAAGGGAAAAAGAUAGAGAUGACAAAAUUAUGUUAAUGAAGUUACUCAUCUGCUCAUCUUUUCUUGGAUUCGUCUGUUUUUUGCCUUUCUGUAAGAGAAAACACAUCUAACACCCAAUGAGCACUUGCAUAUUCUCUCUGAGGCAUGUUAUAUAAGUGCAACAACCCUUACUUAACAUGAAACCACAUGCUACAUGAGCUGGAUAACAUGGUAGGCCUGGUAGAUCCAUUAGCCUUGCGUGUGUGUGUGUGCCCCACAGAAAGCAGAAGGCUGUUAUAAGCUUGCAGUUGAUUGGGGGAUCUGAACCGUGCUCGUACUCUCUAAUUGGACACUGUCGUGUGUUUGGUGGUUGGCUAAUGAAGGAGAGAAGCCCAAGUCGAGGUCACUGCAACUCUAACUCCUACUUUUUUCCCAUACUGCGGUUGAAGAAAACUUGACUAAAGUCGCCACCAUUCACCUUAAUCUUUCCCAUGCAGGAAAAAAAAGGCUGAGCGGUGCAGACAUGACAAGGCAUGUUGGUCAAAAAAGAAGCAUAUGAACCAUCUGCCUUGCAUAUAACUCCCUUCAAGUGUUUUAGGCAGGGAGUUUAUGUUUAAUGCAGCAGCUACUGGCAGUGCUGUGCGGGUCUGUGGGUUCCUUAGCCACAUCUGUAGUCGUAAGAUGUGAGUGAUGUCUUUUCCUGGAUUAGCUAAACUUUGCUUUCUAUUACAGUAUGUUUACAUUCCCAUAUGGUCUGUGGAUUACGCCAAAUGUUCCAUUAUUCAUAGGGAUAAGGAAGCAAUUUAGGUUAUGGCAGCAUGUUGUUUACUGAGACGGCAGCUUUAUAGGCUUGAAACUAUAGGGAGGGCCAACCCAGUGAAGUUACUACAAGUGUCAGGGUGGUGAACGGAAAAACACGAGUCAGCACUCCUUUUUCUCAACUAUAUCAGCUGUGAAAUUAUGCAUCCUCGGCUGUGAACUUUUGCUUUGGGCCAGCUUUCCACUAGUGAAUUCAACCACAGGCUGGUUUUAAAAAUGAAGGUGUGGCCCUUAUGUCCUUAUUAAAAACAUCACGCAACUGGGUCAAUGCAGCUUCUAUGGUGGUAAUUUGACUAGAAAUGUGGUUAUUUUAUGUCUACAUGUUCUUCAGUGUAAGAAUUGUGACGUGAACUGAUGCACUGAUGAAAAACAUUGACUAGCCCUCGUUUCAUUUGUUUGUUUUAGAUAGAUAUCAACCCAUAGUUCCACGUAAACAAUAAAAAAUGUCAGCAGGUGUGUACUAACUAGAGCAACAGUCAGUUUUACCCUUAUCUUUCUGCUUAAACUCUAAAUUCUCAUAGUGCAUACAUUUUACUUACAUAGAACAGUACUUUAGUUUGUACACAAAGCAUGCUAACAUGCAGAGUUAGCUUGCAGAAUGACUUGUAAGCAUACAUGGGCUUUUUUUUCAUUUGCCAGUAAAAGUCUUAGUGCAUGUACCACAUCUUUCCCUAUGUUGAUAAAAUCAUUACUCUAAACUUCAGAAUUAAUUCACUCAAGAAUUAACCGAGGCUAACAGACUCAAUCUCCUUGUCAAUGCUAACCCUGCUAGCUGAAAAUAAAAACUUUAAUGUAAGCUAGCAAAACAGAUGCAUAUGUUUUAGGGUCAGAUUUGGACCAAAAGUGAUAAUUUAACCUUUUUUUAGGAUACGCUAAAAACUGAGCUGCAUUUAGGACCAUUUCGUUCUCUCUCUUGUCUACUAGCUACACAAACACUUGUUGAACUUGUUUUUCUUCAAGUGCCUUUGUUGUGUGAUGCCCUAUUAAUAUUAUUAUUGUGUAAAAAUGAGUAUUCCAUGAAUUCUUCUUUUCUACUUGUGUCUUAAACAGGGAUUGGCUAUUGAAAGGACGCCCCUCUACCUCCAAAACCACCAUCAUAAGCACUUGAGGGCCACUCUGCAGAUGGGAGGUCACUAAACGGAUUCCUCUAUUCUGCUCAGAUGCACUAUCCGCCCUCCAACCUCACCUAAGAUGGCUGCCCACGGCCUCCUUCUGCACCUGAAGAGACUGGAGCACAGCUGUGUGUUACCAUGGUGAUCAUUUUCUUGAAAACACUGGAAAAGAAGAAGGGUGUCGAUGAUGUAAGGCCCACCAACAUCGAGAGACGGCUGGUGAGAGAAAUGAGAACUUUUCAGUACCGUACAGAGCAAGCUAGCUGUUAACUCUAAUGUGUAAUAAUAGUGAGAGUUAGCAUCAAGACCACAGCAUUUUUUUAUCCUGAGCUCUCUCUAGCUCUUAUUAAUUUCAAAGUGUAGUUCAGACUCUUGAAGUGUAAUGUAACCUCUCUCUAAAUGUCAAGAUGAGUCUGUUUUCACUGAGUGGCAGGACACACGUAGCCUUGCAAAGUGCAGCAAGGGAAAUUUUGGUGCAACAGCUUGUUGCUUGGUUAACAAGUUCUACCAUUAUGUGUGUUUAGUUCAUAAACCCUGACCAAACAUAGUGUAGCACCCACAGUCAGUGUCAAAGCUGGGUUUGACAAUGUAGUGAAAAUAGUAGGCCUGUAUUAAAAGUUGAACUAGACCUCUUUACAGCCAUAUGUUCAUAUUUUGAAGGGAAAGUGUGGCUCAUGACACUUACGCAUAUGAAGAUUUAUUGCUAGGAUUAGGUGCCAUUAGCUGGCAGGACGACUAAGCCUUUUUAACCUCAAGAAAAAGGUCCCUUUACACUUUCCUAACCAUUUGUCUUUUUUUUUUUUUUUUUUUAAAGAAGCUGUUUUAGUUUCAAUAACAACCCCUUUAUUGAUACCUCAGCUUUAAUCUAUUUUGUUUGAUAUCUAAAUGCUAAUUUAACAUCUGCCUAUUUAGCCUGUAUAAUUAGUCUUUAUCUGUAAGUCUCGUUUAAGACCUGAGGUUUUAGAGUGCUAAUUGUUACAUUCAAUCAUCUCCCCGCAACAUAACAGCCUUUAUUUUGGUUAUGCCGUGUAUCUUAGAAAACAUUUUUUUUAUUGUGGUAUUAACCUCAAGGUGAGUCAGAGCAGUGUAUCAUAGCAUUGUGCUUUUGUCCUUUGUGCAGGUAGCCACCACCCUGUUCUCAGUGUGAGCACUGAGAGAGAAUUCUCUUAUUAGAAGAUAGGUGUGUGUGUGUCAACAGAACUGUUGUAUAAUUCCCUAAUUGCCCAAUCUUUAUUGUAAAACUACAGUGUAGAGCAGUUGUAUUGUAAAGCUUAUUUUGAUAAGUAAUAGACUUGGCCAGAUUAUUUGUGUUUAACCUUUGCAAAGUACAGCUAAGCUAAGAGGAGAAGGUGUCCAGGAACAGUGACAGUCAUGUCCUUUGGUAUUUCAACCAGCUGAUGGUAAAUGGAGGGUUUACCCAGCACCCCGGCUGAUAUCAUUUUCUCAUCUCUGGAAACAACAGUGAUAUGAAAUAGUAUUAAGAACUAAAAUAUUAGGGUGAAAAACAGUAUAGGGCUCCAGAACACUGCCUGAAACUGAAGUUAAGUUUUCACAUCACAGUAAGCUGUCUAAAUCUGUGUUGAUACUGGGUUUGAAUAGAGCACACACGUUAUCACUGGAAAAGUGUGGUCCACACCUGCUGGUGUAUCAAACAUGCAAAGAUCAAACUGAUGUCCUUCAUCUUUUAUGAUCGUGAUUUGACACUCAAAGAUGUUGGGCCUCUAUUCCUCUUUCAUCACACUUUGCUUUUUGCCUUUCCUCCAUAGCGUGACCUCCACACCAUGAGUAGAGGGACCACCCUCUUCUCCUGUGGAACUGUGGGUAAGUUACCAGCACUACCAUAUUACCUCACUGCUCUUAGUGUGCUUCUCGGUCCUCCUUUUUGCUUCCUCUUUUUACUUCCCACUGUCUCAUAAAUCAACUCCAGAUCUGGACAGUGGAUUAGGUGGGAUAUGUUUUAGUCAUGAUACAUUUUACACAUAUCCUCUUUAAACACUUGAUAAGUUGAACCAUAAAGGUCAGUGGUCCCAACUGUAACCGUCUCUUUGUUUAUCUCUUCUGUCUCACUUCUCUCUUUCUCCAUCUGUCUCUCAUCCCCCUCUCAUGAUCAGGGUGCACCUGCCUCCACACAACGUUGCACACUGCUCUCAUGGGAGUGAACUGUAAUUGAAUAUGCUGUUGCCUAUGUCAACAAUUUCCCUUCAGCUCUGUUAGUGUUGCAGUAAUUAUCCCAGGCGUUAAAAGACAUGUUACAGUCAACACAAGACCCCACUGUCUUUCAGUAUCUGUUCUUUCUUUUGAUGGAGAGACGUCACAGGGAGGAGCGUGGCUCACUGUUUCCACUGCUUAUGUUGACUUUAACAUUGUCUAGCAUGUCUUGUUAGUGUAACUAGCACUUUGUCUCUCGCUUUCAAAGGGUGGCCUUUUGAAGUUCAUCCCUUUCUCCCUUUGUCAAGCUGUUUUCCUAACAUUCCUGUCAGGUCGUCGCUGCAGCCCCCGUGCAUUGUUUGUCCGCCCCAAACAAUGAUUUCCGUCCAGCAGUCUAUGCGAGAGCAUGCCAAAAUUAGACACAAGCAUCCAAAAAGGACAGGGCUUGGAUCAGAAAGUGGCACCUUCAGCCAAAAAUCGUCAAGAGAUUUACAAUUUGACCUCUUAGUUUAACAGCUACGCUCACUUUAACUGGAGGUGUAUUAUCUCCCACAGCUGCGAGAUAGACUGUUUGGUGCAGGUGGUGAGACAGUCAAACUGCUUUCCUAAGCAUAUCCUGGCACCCACUUGGCUCAUGGGAGUGACUUACUAACUGUCUCACUUGCUGAUUUUUAUCUAAAUACUGUAUAUAACUCGUGUUUUCAGUACUAGUAUAGCUGCAGGUCCAGGUUUUAUAGACAAGAACUGGAACAGCAAGAUUUUAUUGGUAAUACAGGAUUUAGCCUUAUAAACAAAGUACAUAGUCACCUUGAGUCAUGGUUUUGGUCAUCAAAUCGUAGAAAAACAAUGACUUUUCAGACUUGGGUUGAGUUCAAAAUUAAAGAUGGCACUAAACCUGUUAAAAUGUUUGAACUCUGCAGCUGCUUUUAUUUCCUUAAGGCUGUCUGUAGACAAAAGAUUGAUGACAUAUGCUCAUGAUUUUCCAGUCUCUGUGCAUAGUGGUUUGCAAUGCCCUAAGGUACUUGUGAGGUAUUAUAACAUUUACCAGACAGUAACCUCUUUUCUGUUUUCUCAAAGAGCUUGUCUUCACAGCAACUGUUCUUCCUCGCCUUACAUAUCGUUAAAAUGUGUUUUUUUUUUCAUUUUAUGCUGUUUCUGCUUCUAACACUACAGAUUUUCAGACACUCUUUUAAUCACUGAGUAUUGUGAGGAACCUUGGAGUAGCCUUUGGUUUAGCCUCUGUGCUUUUAUUUUACUUGAGUAUUUAAUGUUCUUCUCAGUUCUAAUUGUCCUCCACCUUGCUGGAAUCUAUCGUGCUGUUUAAACAUGUUUUUUUGUUUCCUGUUAUAACCUGUUACACAGGUCAGUAAGAGUGAUAGUGUGUUCUGAAUGUUGCAGAGGCAGAUCGGUGGCUGGACCGGGGUAAGAGCUGUGGUAUCCAGCAGAGAGCUCCUUGUCAGUCUGGUGCCAGUCUGGAGAGCCUGUGGGAUGUGAUGCCUGAGCCAGAGAGCUGGCACUGGGCCAAGGAGCCGGGCACAGCGAUCACCAGUCUGAUAAGAGAUCUCAGCCUCGGAGACGGGAGCGCGAGCAGCCCUCACCCCCUCGCCACCACGCCGCACUACACCACUACAGCCACCAGCCAAGCUCCAACGGCACCCCCGAGCAAACGUCAGUGUCGCUCUCUGUCGCUCUCCGAUGAAUUCGGUGGGUUUCGCUCAUCUUGGAGACCCCAAGGUUCACGAGUGUGGACGACAGUGGAGAAACGAAGGUGCCACAGUGGGGGGAGUGUUCGAGGAGGAGGAGGAGGAGGAGGUGGAGGGGGGUUCUCCAGUAGCAACUUUCCCACCAUGCAGCGUAGCUCCAGCUUCAGUUUGCCCUCACGCUCUAGCAUCCCCUCAGACGGUGCUCUGGACCUGCCGUUCUUCCACCAGCGCCUGCCUCUCCACCCAAAAUUCACUGCCUCACCAGUCACCCCUACCUCUCCUUCCUCCCGUCAUCAUCACCACUUCCUCUCCCUCUCCCAUGAGCAGAUAAGCUUGCCAGAGCUUGAGGGCGAAGAGGCGUCCGAGGCCAGCUCUCCAGACUCCACACCAGAACUGGGGAGGCGGACGGGUCAGAGAACAGGGGUUCGAGGGUGUCUUUCUCGGAGCAGGUCCCAGCCCUGCGUGUUGAACGACAAAAAGAUCGGUAUGAAGCGCAGGAGACCAGAAGAUGCGCAGGAGCAGCGGCCCUCCCUGGACCUGGCAAAGAUGACUCAGGUUAGUUGAAAAUGCUGAGCUCAUGUUUGCAUGAACAGACAAGCACUCGCACGCAAAACCUCCUGGUCCAUCUGUGUUUUAAUAUGAAACAUUUCACAGAAUUUAGUAUCACUGAUUUGCUCUGAUUGAACCUAAAACAGAUUCAACCUCAACUCUAAUUCUCCAAAAUGCGCUCUGAUGCUUUUAACUUAAUCCUCAACUGAGUCUGAUACCUUUUUGUUCCAAGGCCAAAGCGAGAGAGUCAAGAGGUCCUCGAACGUUGCUUUUCCUGGGAUCGAUCAGAAUUAAAUCAAGCUGAACUGAGUUUUCUGGGUUGUGGGUCCGAGGUUUCAGGUCCAGAUUAUCUCAGGCCUCCUUUCCUUCUCCUCAGCUCUGGGAGUGGUGCUUUAGUGAAGGAACAUUCCUCAUGUUCAGCCACGCUCUAGCAAGCCAAGCUCCGGUUUAUCAUUUCAUUCACUCUGUUGGGUAAACAGCCCAUCCAAAAGUUUGACCUCCACUUUUUUUUUGCUUCCUCUCCGCAACUUCUACCCUCUUCAUCCCCAUGUUUCAUUUCCUGUAUGACUCCAUCUUCUUUAUUUUACCCUCUACUAUCAGGAAGUUAGGGCAACAGAAGGCGAUUAAUAGGGGGGAUGUUGGGCGCACUGACAUCUGAUUUGCUUUUCCCCAUGACAGGAGUUUGUUUAUCCUUGUGGUAGGGCAGACAAAGGACUGGAACAGACCAGAGAGUAUAAAUGACCCCACAGCUAAAAUAGAACCGGGGAAGUACUUCACUGACUUGAAAUGUUUUGAUGCUUGGCAGUGCUCUGAUGUUUUUACAGAGCCUAGAAAGAUUUAAUUCCUGUCAUCGAAUUCAUUGGAAAGCUCUUAAAAUUCCCCCCCUAGAUAGACCGUUUGGUUGGAUCUGUUUGGUCUAACUAAAGCCAAACUGUACGAAACAUGGCACACACAGGAAAGCCCUCUUUCACCAUACCUCCUGCCCCAGUCAAAAUGUGCUUUUCCUGUUCCCUGAUUAAAAAGUAUCAUCAGUCUAAUCCGCCACCCUCCCUUCCUUUUCCCAAAGAUCUGUGUUCCCAGCCAGUUGCCCUCAGGACCCAGCAAAGGUUGGAUAAACAAGGCUUUGGUAAUGGAGCCUAGUGAGUGUGUUUCCUCUAGUCAUGCCAACAGCAAAAGAAGAGGGGGGAAAAAAAAAUCAAGCAUGAUGAUCACACAGAUACACAAACACACACAUGGAGUCAGUUUUACAUUCCCUCUGGUUGCAGCAGUGUUCGAAUGUGGGACCACGCCUCUGCAAAUGAUUCUCAGGCAAAGCUUUAGGCUCUCACUUUAAUUUCGUGUCACCCUAUCGGAGUUGUUGAACAGACUUGCAUGAUCAGCAGUGUUGAAAGGAGGCAGGUAUUGCAGGUUAGAUGGGUCAUUACAAAUCGUCUUUUAUUGCUUUUUCUUGUUUUACAUACCCAGAUUAAGGGGAAACAAGCAAUAAAAAACAUAUUACAGUUUCAUUGAAAAGACGGUUUCUUUUUCUGUUACUUCAAAGGCUGCAAUUAGUGUCUCCAGGAACCUAAACAAUCCCAGUUGUACUAUGUCAAGCUAAAUUGACACAGUGGUUAGUCUCAGUGAGAGCCAAGGGAAAGCUAGAAGCUGGCAAACUGUCUGGAAAAGGAAGUGAUAAUGUGGAAACACUGGGCUGGUUACAACCUGCAUCUGUUCUAGUGGAGACAGAACAUAGGAAUUACCGCCAGGGUUGGGACCAGAAGAGGUUUUCACGCCUCGGUUGGGAGGUUUGUGCUUUUGCGUGAUCGGUACCUGUGGUUUUAAAAUGUCAAAAUCACACCAAUUAUCUGCCUUUUUACUUCUGCUGCUCAUGGAUUUUAUACGUGGACUUGACACUUCCAUGACACUUGCUUUCAUGGCUAUGGUCGCGUUUUCACCCACUCACUCCCAAGAAGUGGGUGGAUGUUGAUCGCAGCGUGAGUUCAAGGUGUGGAUACGAGUUAAUACCUUUUUCUCACACCUACACACACCAAUCACUGUACUUGCUUUGUUUUAUAGGUAUGUGUAUGAGAAUUACAAUCCUAAAAUAAAAAGGGCAAACGUAGCCUGCGGAUAUUUGUGACAUUCACCUGCACCCUCAAGAGCAUCUUUUUAUCUUUAUACAGACUUCACUUCCCUGAUGUCCAGAUGGUUGUUGUAAAGUUUGCCGGAGGUUAAAAGAUUGCGAGGGUCAGCAUCUAACAAGCCCCCAGAGUGUGUUCUCAGGAGAACAGGGUGUAAUCCGGCCUCUAGAUUCCUUGACCACGUCAAUGAAGGCGGGUGUGAAUUCUGGGGAUGCAUGUCGUGCUAAUCAGCUCGAGCUGGACUACCACGGGGAUUCAGAUGUGACCACCCCCCUAAAUUCCUAAAAUAUCCUCCCUGUGUCAACCAUGUGUAUCAGUUCACUCCACUGUCCACACACUCAUUUUUAUCCCGAGCUGCCCUUUCACCUGGGGCUCAUUCAUUGUUCAGCGGGUGUAGUGAGCUGUCAGAUGGGAGGUGUUAUCUCUUGAUUGCAGUUCACUUGCUGAAUGAUUGUUGAAUCAGCUUAGACAGAUGGAAAUUUUAAAUGUUUUGUAUCUUGCUUUCUUUGACAAUGUCCGGUUAUUUUUAGGGGGAUAUAGAAAUUAGAUAAUUUGCUCAGGAACAUAUUUUCUUUAUCAUGUCCACAAAAAUAUCCACAUUUACUUCAGAUCCAUAGAGGAGCCUUGUCUCAAAGUCUUGGUUGACUACUUGCAGUUUAGCUUUAGUGAGGGUAGUAAAAGAGGGUGCAUUAAACAAAUUCUCGACCCUCUGCUUGCAAGUGCAUGUGCAUCCAUUAAAGAAAUAGCAGAGUGAAGAAAAGGGGGGUAGUAUUUCUGCAGGGUAGCUGGCAGACAAACCCUUCACUCCUCUCUAUUAAUACCUUCUCUCUGCCCCAAGUUCGAGCUCCUCUCCUCUUCUCCUCUCCCCACCUCUCCAUUCCUGGGAUGGCAGGCAUGGUGAUCAUAGCUGAGCAUUACGCCUCAUGGGCUUAUGGGAACACCCAGGUGGGCGUCUUGAGGUGUGGCACUCGCCAUGUAAAAGGACAUGUCGAGACUUGUCCCAAAGGUGCUCUGUAAAGCAUCACUAAAUGCCAGCGUGCAUUUACACAUAUAACUUUUUCUUGUUUGAACUUUGCUCCAGCUUGACAUAUUUAUCUAUUUCAUCUUUUUGCAGAGCAUGUCUGUCACGCUCUCUGCCUCCCCGUCUGUCUCUGGUACAGUGAAUACCAGACUAACACAGACUAAACCAAAGGUGUUUGCACACAGAUAAUAGUCGCAGAGGUGUUCGAGUAUGUCGUCUAGCUGUCAGGAAUGAGUUAAGUUCACUUGUCUUUGCUUGCUCCUCUUUGCCCUCUCUUUUGUUUCACAGUUGUUUACUGUUGGAGGUCUGUUUGCCUCUCUCUUCCCCAGAGCAGUGCAGAGCUCGGUGUUGUUUGCUGACCUCAUUUCAGCUCAGAGCAGAGCCAAACAAUUAUAUACAAAUUCUGAAUGCGUACAUAGUGUGCAGUUUUAAGUACCUGCAUGUUUUUUUCUUUACAGUGUGUGUUCAAGUUCCUAUUUUUGUGUGUUUGGAGUCAAGUUCACAGCAGGACGUUUGACUCAGCCUUAGCAGGGUGUUGUUUGUUGUUUGCUCUAAUUAUCAGGGGGCUAUUUGUCUAACCUCUCAGCUUGUGCCUCUCUGACAGCAGCUGUAGUUUGACACAAAUGUUGUUCACCUCUUCAAAGUGUUAGUUUUAGUUGAGCUAAUCCAAUGACAUUAGUGAACAAUGAAAAAAAGCAAGCCGACACUUUGGAAUCCAGUGAGUCUCACUCAUUGAAUAAACCCUUACUCUCAAUAUCUCAUCAUGUGAAACUUGUUUUUUUUGCGAUCUGUCUCUUACAAUUUAGUUUUUGGAAAUAGCCUCAACCGACCAUAUUCACAAAGAGGGCUUCUCCUUUGACUUCAUGGUCAGGAUGAGGUGUCCAAAUGCUAUAACGUUAUACUAUCGUGACCCAAGUCAGUCAAACAUAGAGGAUUUUUUAGAACAUUAUCAGCUUAUUACUUCUCUAUUAGUUAAAAAUGUAAAAAUAGUAGAAACCAGGAGGACAAUCAGACUAUUUUUCAAGCUAAAAGAACAUGUUGAAAGACGAUUUAAAGAACAGCUUACGAUGGUUAAAGUUAGUAUAAGGAGUUUUUACCUUGUCAAGUUGAUUGAAAUUGAUUCUAUGACCAAUUUAUGAGCUACAACUGUAAAUAAGACCAUUACUGACAAGCCAUAAUGUUAUUGUGUUGUUAUUGCUAAUGCCUGUAUCUGUUGCUGUGGAGUAGGGUUGGGCGAUAAGGCCUCAAAUCAAUAUCACGAUAUAUCGAGCAGUUCACCUCGAUAACGAUAAAUGGACGUUAACUACUCCACAAGCUGCUCACCCGCUCCUACAUUCACCACUACAACCUUUGAGCCAUCUUCACCUGUCUUUCCCUCUUUGUUACGCCUGGAUGGGGUGGAGUCACGUCUCUGACGUAGGACAACGUCUGAAAGGGACAUGAGACCAUAGCCUACCUACACACAUCCAAAACCAACUCUUAUUUAUUUAUUUUUUUGACACUAAAUGCACUGACAUGGGCAAAAUGACAGUGGUUGUUGUCGUAAAUUUCGGUAGCAGUAAAUUUUCAGUUUCUCGCCCAGCCCUACUAUGGAGUACGUUUCAGAUGGAGUGACAUAUCACCCACUGCCAAAACUGUCUUUGUUUCAGAUUUCCACUGUGAUAGAUGUUGAUGAGUGGUACAUUUGACUGUAGAAAGACAGUUGGAGGAAAGUUUUACACUUAUACAAGUUUGGACAAAAUCAGAAAAAAAAGACCGUAGAGGAACCAGUUUGGCACCAAAUCAACACAAGCCAAGAGCUCCUCAUGGGAGCCGUAAUAUUACCCUUAACUGGGAUUCUGUUGUAGACUAACAUAGCUAUUUCCUUUAAGGUAAAAUAGGAAUUUUGUAGCUAAACUUUCUUAUUAUAUCUUAUAUGAGCUAAGAAUUUGCUCAGCCCAUGUAAUGCUAGCUACUGUAUCAAUGUCUGGGAUGGACUUUUGCCAAUAUCCCAGUUGCGCCAGCAUUUCCAAGCUUAAUUUGACCGAUAUAGAUACCAGUACUGACUCAAAUUCAUCACUGUCUUUUCCAUUACACUGAAAGGCCCUUUGUUAAGCCCCUUUUCUUUAACAUUACUCAUUCACAUACCUACAAAACACUGCAAAUACAGUGAUUCAUGUGUGUAGGUGUGAGACAGGUUUUCACUGGCACAGUCGCUUUCUCAUUCUUACGUUUGAGAACCUCCUGAUGCUGAUGCGUGUAGGCCACAUGUCGGAGCUCGUUGUAGGUGCAGGUCAGCUUUUAUUGCAUAAUUGCAUAAUUACAACUCAUUGCAUGAUCAGUCAGAAAUAUUGUCAGAAAUGUUCACAUCUGCUAAUACUGAUUGUUAAUGUUUGCUGAUGCUAAUAUCAUGCUGACGAUAUUAUGCAUCCCAAAUUAAUGUCAGUUCUCAGCUGCUGGUUAUGACCUUAAAUUGCUAAUUUUUGAUAAGAUGAAAGCAGUUACAUACAUCUUUUUUUAUGGCGGUCAGUUGAGUGAGGUAUUGCAGCAUGAGGUCACACAUACUACAUAUGUACCGUAUAUAUAUGUGUGUUCUUUAGACUAAUAGAGUGCAUGGUUUGGAUGUCUUCCAUCUGGGUGGGGGUUUGCUCAAGUUAAAGAAACACACACACACACACACACACACACACACACACACACACACACACACACACACACACACACACACACACACACACACAGAGCAGGGUACACAGCAGAAAUCUUACCCUGCUCCCCCAAAACCCCUUCUACCACACCCACCUAAAUCCCAGCCAGCCUCAGUGGGUUUUAUAGAAAGCAUACUGAGUAAAAGCUGCCUAUCCCCCCCUCCUUCCUCGCUUCCUUUCCUCUCCUCCUCCUCUGCUGUGAUAAUUAGCAGUGGGGUAAUACUGGGGGGGUUGAGCUAAGAGAGCAAGGACUCAAAAAUCCCCUUUUCCACACCAGUGGGGUAACUACAGCAAAGGCCUCACACUACCUCAAGUGUUUGCACAUGAAGUACUCUGUGUUUGAGCAGCUUACAUGUAAAGUCAAUCCGACGAGAAUCACACGGCAGAAUCCGGCGUUUUCUUACUUCAACUUGGACCGUGUUAAAUCAGAGCAGGGAGGAAAGUGAGCUUACUAAAGUACGACUUAAGAGAGGGAGACUCCCAGCUCAUUGUAGCAGAAAAAGCAAUGCGCUAACACACAGGGAAACAUUAGGAGAUGUCCGUCAUGUAAACUGAGGCUCUAUAGAGAAAACCUCAUCUCUAUUCACCUCCAUGGCUCCAACAUCUGCUGCUGGGACUCUCCAGAGAUCAUUAACCCCUUCACUGCGCUGCAAGGCUGCCUCUCUUUGUUGCAGGGAGGAAUUCAGGUUGAAAAGAGAGCAUGAAAGCAAACUGGGGGACAACUUUAUAGUGAAUUAAAUCAGUUUGAGGUCAAGUAGUGGGAGCAAAAACAUACCGAUUCUCCCUGACUUUCCCCGGAGUGCAGACGCACAAAACAACUGGGAAUAACAAAAGCUCCAACAAUAAAACUCCUCCACUUUCCAAGUUUAGGUUUCCAGUCAUGCGGUGUGUUUUUCACAGUGAUAAAUAGACCCAGAGCGCAGCUUUUGCAACAAGAUACCUUUGGUGGUUUGCGACUCAUCCCAGUGUUUUUCAAGCCAGAAGGUUUAGAGUUUGUGUGUUUUCUUCUGCAGCUUAUGUUUAUACCCGUGUUUACACGCUCACAUGUCGUCAAUGAAAGGGAAAGCCAGCCAUCGCCUGCCUAGACUGUAACAUGAUCUUGCACUGACAUUCUGGAAAAACCCUGAGCCCGUCUCUCCCCUGACAAUCCCGUCUGCUUUUAUAGCCGCAUCAGAAUGAACAACAAAGCAACAUUUAUCUUUCUCUUUAUCCCCCUCUCUACAGAAACUUCAGACUUUUCAGAGCUUGAGCUGUCCUGGAUUCUCAGCUGCAGACAGCUGCCACUCCGACCUGCCCCCUCCCACCGCUGAGGCUUUCACUCAUCUGGACUCGGACUUUGCUGCAGUCUCCGAGCUGGGACAGAAGUCACGGCAGGAGAUGAACGAGGAAGAGGAUUCAUCCUAUGAGGAGCUGGAUAGUGACUCGGCUUGUAGCAUGGACUCCCGGCCUGGGUCUCCUGUGAGCACUGUGGGCGGUAAACGUCCCCUCUGGAAGGGUGAUUGUGGCACACAGAGGGACAUUUUCCAGCUCGGGGGAGAGCUAGAUCUUGACCAGAUUGAGAGGAACUGAACAUUUUUGUAGGAGUUUUUAAAAGAAGACUAUGUCUGGACUGUUAUAGAAAGUAACUGGACUUUGAGGAUGGAGCAAGAAGUGAUUGUUAAGACUGGCGGAUAGAAAGAGUGGAGGAUGUUGAGUAUUGUUUGAAAGGGAAAGACUGAGAGAGUGAUGGAGAUGAAGAAGGGUUAAGUAAGUUGUAAAGUGCUGGCUUCUUAGUGACACAUUUGCCUUGAACAUUCUCACUGUUUGAAUUAAAAAGCAGUGACCUUAGUGUUUUUUUUUUUUUUUUAUACUGGGUAUUCAGCUUAACUCAGGAGUGGGAAAGUGAGGGUAAGUCUUAAAAAAACAGCCCCGCACUAUCUUUUCAACCUGAUGAUCUUUCCAAAGUCGGCUAACUUUUGUUUAGUAGUACUGUAGCUGUAGCUGGGCUCUCCUGUAUUUAGCUUGAGUUUUAGUUGUUUUUUUGUUUUUUUUAAAGACAAAGUGGGGGUGUCAUAAUAAAAGGGGGGCUUAAUGUCCUCUGAAUCUGUUUGUGCACACAUGAAAACCAGAAUUUUCUUUUUGCUGAAUGUAGGCUCAAUAAGCUUUGUGAGGAGUUCAGGAAAUGACGGUGCCUUCUUCUAGACGCUUGCUCGCCCUUCAAGAAACUAGCCUCAAUGGAAGCCACAUUUUCUGAUCUAUUUUUGUAGUUUCUUAAUAUGCAAAUUGUAUAUUUGAAUUCAACACUGAAUCUCAAGUUUUCAGUCCUAAUAUCAAUGUAUAUUUUUCUAAGUAACUGUUUUUUAUGAGCUGUUUGUGAAGGAGCAAAGAAUGCAAGGCCUUUCCUCUAACAGAACGGACAUGAAAUAAAUGUACAAACUGCACUCAGA